AUGGUGCUCGCUACUCACUCCAACCCCAAGGCCCCAGUGCUGUCCCACUUCAGCCUGGCUGGAAAGACCGCUAUCGUCACCGGCGGAUGCCGCGGAAUCGGCCUGGAAGUGGCCCAGGGUCUGGCCGAAGCAGGCGCCAAGGUUGCCAUCACCUACUCGAGCACGGACGGCAGCCAGGCCGACGCCGUCGCCGCGCAAAUCUCCCAGUCGGCCAACGGUGCGACCGUCAAGGCGUACCGCUGUAAUGUGAAAUCUAAGGACGACGUCACGGCGACAGUGGAGAAGAUUACCAGUGAGCUGGGCGGCGGGAAGCUCGACAUCUGCGUGGCCAACGCGGGCAUCGCGGCGCACAUCCCCGCCAUCGACUACGACGAGGACCAGUGGCGGGAGAUGCUCGACGUCAACUUCCACGGCGCCUUCUGGACCGCGCAGGCCGCCGCCAAGGUGUUCAAGCGCCAGAAGGAGGCCGGGGGCGACGGCCGCGCGAGCAUCAUCUUCACCAGCAGCGUCUCCGGCAUCCUCGUCAACAUCCCCCAGCCCCAGGCGGCCUACAAUGCCAGCAAGGCCGCCGUGACGCACCUGGCCAAGUCGCUGGCUGUAGAAUGGGUCGAGUUUACCCGCGUCAACUGCGUCUCGCCGGGCUUCAUCGCCACAGACAUGAUUGCGACAAUCCCGGAGAAAUGGACCUCGAAGUGGCCCGAGCUGAUCCCUGGUGUGCGCUUCUGUGAUCCCGCUGAGCUCAAGGGAGCCUACGUGUACCUGGCAAGCGAGGCAUCCAGCUACAUGACUGGAGCCAACCUUGUGAUCGAUGGAGGCUACACCCUGCCUUAG